GGCCGUCGGGUGUCGCUUCCCAUUUCACUUGGAGAUAUUUUCGGGUGGCGGGAGCCGCCUCGUCAUUUCCGCCAGGAGAAAAAGACACCGGCGCGGCAGCCGCGACCGCGGAGAGCCGCGGGAGCCGGCGGGCAGAGCUGGGCACAGUCGAGCCCAGCCAGAGCCAUCCCCAUCCCCGCCCCGGCUCGCCGCUCCGGGACCGACCCCUCGGCGUGGCCGGCAGCCGCCGCCGCUGCCCCGCGGAUUCGCGGGGGCGGGAAGCGUCGGAGCGUGCUGCCGCCUCCUCCCCCUUCCUCCUCCUCCUCCUCCUCCUCCCCCUCCCCGCCGAGCCGGCAACAUGAACUGAAAUCCCCAGAGAGGCACAGAGGCGGCGAGCGAGCGGAGCGGAGGCAAGCGGGGAUUUAGCGGCUCUCUCCCUCCUCCUCCUCCUCCUCCUCCUCCCGCCGCCGCUCGGGCUGCGGGCAGCGCGGUUCCCGCCGCCCCGCAAAGCCGAGCACCGAGCCCCGGAUAGCGGCGGCCGCCUGAGCCCCGCGCCCCCGAGCCCCUCCAUGGCCCUCAUCAUGGAGCCCGUCAGUAAGUGGUCGCCGAGCCAAGUCGUCGACUGGAUGAAAGGUCUUGAUGAUUGCCUGCAGCAAUAUAUAAAGAACUUUGAGAGAGAGAAGAUCAGUGGUGACCAGCUACUACGCAUUACUCAUCAAGAACUGGAAGAUCUUGGAGUCACACGAAUUGGCCAUCAGGAGCUUAUCUUGGAAGCAGUAGACUUGCUCUGCGCACUGAAUUAUGGCUUGGAAACGGAAAAUCUAAAAACCCUUUCUCACAAACUGAAUGCAUCUGCCAAAAACCUGCAGAACUUCAUCACUGGGAGGAGGAGGAGCGGUCACUAUGAUGGAAGGACCAGCCGCAAAUUACCGAAUGAUUUUCUGACAUCAGUAGUGGAUCUGAUUGGAGCAGCUAAAAGUCUGCUGGCUUGGUUGGACAGAUCACCUUUUGCUGCUGUCACAGAUUACUCAGUAACAAGAAAUAAUGUCAUACAGCUCUGCCUGGAACUAACAACAAUAGUACAACAGGAUUGCACAGUAUAUGAAACAGAGAAUAAAAUUCUUCACGUGUGUAAAACUCUCUCUGGAGUCUGUGAUCACAUUAUCUCGCUCUCUUCUGAUCCGCUGGUUUCCCAGUCUGCUCACCUUGAAGUGAUCCAGCUUACAAACAUCAAGCCAAGUGAAGGGCUGGGUAUGUACAUUAAAUCAACAUAUGAUGGUCUCCAUGUAAUUACUGGAACAACAGAAAAUUCACCUGCAGAUCGGUGCAAGAAAAUCCAUGCUGGGGAUGAAGUGAUUCAAGUUAACCACCAAACUGUGGUGGGGUGGCAGUUGAAAAAUUUGGUGAAUGCACUACGAGAGGAUCCGAGUGGUGUUAUCUUAACUUUGAAAAAGCGACCUCAGAGCAUGCUUACCUCAGCACCAGCUUUACUGAAAAAUAUGAGAUGGAAGCCCCUUGCUCUGCAGCCUCUUAUUCCUAGAAGUCCUACGAGCAGUGUUGCUACGCCAUCCAGCACUAUCAGCACACCUACAAAAAGAGAUAGCUCUGCCCUUCAGGAUCUCUACAUACCCCCUCCUCCAACAGAACCUUAUGUUCCAAGGGAUGAAAAGGGAAAUCUCCCCUGUGAUGAUGUUGGCAGACAUAUAGUGGGCAAGCCAGUUCAUACAGGAUCCGAAUCUCCAAACUCAUUUCUUGACCAAGAAUAUCGGAAACGCUUUAAUGUGGUUGAAGAAGAUGCAGUUUUGUACUGCUAUGAAUAUGAGAAAGGAAGAACAAGUGGUCCUGGAAGGAGAGAGAGCACACCAACAUAUGGGAAACUAAGGCCUAUUUCUAUGCCAGUAGAAUAUAACUGGGUGGGGGAUUAUGAAGACCCCAAUAAAAUAAAAAGAGAUAGUAGGAGAGAAAAUUCAUUGCUUCGCUAUAUGAGCAAUGAAAAAAUAGGUCAAGAAGACUACAUGUUUCAGAGGAAUAGCAAAAAGGAUACUGGGAAAAAGUCCAAAAAGAAAGGAGACAAGAGUAGUAGUCCAAGUCAUUACUCACUGUUACCUAGUUUACAAAUGGACUCAUUGAGACAAGAAGUCAUGGGCACACCUGGACCAGAAACUGCUUUGUACCACACAUUUCAACAGUCUUCUCUACAGCAGAAAAGUAAAAAGAAGAACAAAGCUCCUAUUCCUGGUAAAAGCAAAAGACGGAUCUCAUGUAAAGAUCUUGGUCGAGGGGACUGUGAAGGCUGGCUUUGGAAAAAGAAAGAUGCCAAGAGUUAUUUCUCCCAGAAAUGGAAAAAAUACUGGUUUGUCCUGAAGGAUACAUCUCUAUACUGGUAUAUCAAUGAAGAGGAUGAAAAAGCAGAAGGAUUCAUCAGUCUACCUGAAUUUAAAAUUGACAGAGCCAGUGAAUGCCGUAAGAAAUAUGCAUUCAAAGCCUGCCAUCCUAAGAUCAAAAGUUUUUAUUUUGCUGCUGAACAUCUAGAUGAUAUGAACAGAUGGCUAAACAGAAUUAACAUGCUUGCUGCUGGCUAUGCAGAAAGAGAGAGGAUCAAACAAGAGCAAGAUUACUGGAGUGAGAGUGAUAAGGAGGAAGCCGACACUCCAUCGACUCCCAAACAAGACAGCCCGCCGCCCCCAUACGACACAUACCCGCGGCCUCCUUCGAUGAGCUGCACAAGCCCUUAUGUGGAGCCAAAACACAGCCGACUGUCAUCCACGGAGACCUCCCAGUCGCAGUCGUCGCACGAGGAGUUCCGCCCGGAGGCGGCGGGGAGCGCCACCGACUCGCCGGUGCGCAAGACGGCGAGCCAGCGGCGCUCCUGGCAGGACCUCAUAGAGACGCCGCUGACGAGCUCAGGACUCCACUACCUGCAGACGCUGCCGCUGGAGGACUCGGUCUUCUCCGAGGCGGCUGUGGUCUCCCCCGAGCACCGGCGUCAGUCAACCUUGCCCACCCAGAAGUGCCACCUGCAAGACCACUACGGCCCCUUCCCCCUGGUGGAGGGUGAGCGGAUGCAAGUGCUGAAUGGGAAUGGGGGAAAGCCCCGAAGUUUCACUCUGCCUCGGGAUAGCGGCUUCAACCACUGCUGCCAGAGCCUUUCAGUUGGUGCCGCCGAUCACCAUGAAGAAGCGCAGCAGAAGGAGGUGGAGGAGGAGGAAGAAGAGGAAUGCAAAGCAGCAGAAGAAAACCAGGAAGAUAAAAGCUAAUACACUGCGAGAGUUGAUAGCACCUCUCCAUGUCAAAUGGGAUCCACUUCUCUUGGCACUGAACCGAUUGGACUCAAAGUUUGAUAAACUUAUCAUUAGCGAAUUGGCACGACGGAGACUCAACUUCAGCCUCUUGCAAGCAACCUAAUGGCCUCCGUUCAGAAAGUCAGUUCUGCUUGAAUAACUUUGAUGUUUAUAACAGAGAACAGACCUGUUAAAGCAUAGACAACCACAUGCCUGGAUAUGAGGCCUCCAGGAAGGUGUCAAAGGGCAUGGCCAGUCUUUUGAAGAAUGCACCCUUUCCACAAUGGGACUAGGCACAAAGUCAGAUCCAGUCUACACGGAGCACAUUUGCAGAAAAUACUGCCCCCCGCACGGCAGAACUGAAGGGGAAGAGGGUCUUGGCAGGGGAAGGGCUUUGAUGUCACUCAGUUUUGUUCUGCAGACCUUGAGGAAUUAAAGAGGGAUUCAGCCAUGGUAACUGUAAAAUCCUGUUGCUUGUACUGAACUCCAGUGAACCCGUUCAGGCCAACCAGACAAAGUCGUGUCAUUUAAGCGUACUUCACGUUAGUGAAGGAAGUCACCUUACUGUGUCAUGCUAAACUAAGUGUAUUCUGCCAAGUGGAGGUAUGUACAGACCUUUCGGAGACUUCCAUUUAUCUAACGAUUUGUAAUGAAUUACCAGAGGGUACACUGACACUGGUUUGGAUGAUGACGGAGAAGAUACCUCACGCUGAGAUUUAUUAGACUCUGCAGAUAAACUCUUCAGUUCCUCUUUAUCUUCUAGGACUUAAACAUGUGAGUGAUGCUGCCUGGCCGAGCAGGCACAAAGUAUUCUCUGUAUAACACCCAGACUCCAGAGGGCUGUUUUGGGGCCAGUAUUUGCCUGGAUGUCACUCAAAGUAGAUUCAGAUAUUGUAUUUAUCAUUAUGUUCCGGGUCCCCUAUGGGUUGAUGUUUGCCUCUAUCUCUGUGGUUAGAAUGUGGAUUUUCCUUAAUAUAUUUGGCUAAGGGUGUAUUGUAAUAAUGUUAAUGCUAAUUACUUGAUAUUUCAUACUAUCUUACGGGGAGAUACUUUUAAAAAAUGUAUUUUGAAAUGUUUUCUUUCUGUUUGCUCAAUGUAUGGUAUUGCAUUAUGUUAAUACCAAUAAAAUUAUAUAUAUAUAUAGUUAUAUAUAUUUCCCUUUUAUAAAGAAGUAAAUUAUGCUUUUUUGCCUCACAAACAGGAAAUGUGCAGUGAAUAAAACUACAUCAUUCUGCCUUACAGCAGGUGACAAAGCUUAUAAUAGUUUUAAUAUUCUUUUUUGAAAAAUAAAAAGUAUAGUAUGACAUAAACUAGUUGGAAAUUCAUCAAAAUGCAUGUUUUGUGUUUCUGCUCAAUGGGACUGUCACAAAUCAGCCUAAAUAUUUAGCAAUGUUAUUUUGGCAUCUUUAAUUUUUUCCAAUCAAAAACAUACAUUGUAUUGCUAUUAUUGAUUACAAAACUGUACUGUCAUAAAUUUUUGCCUGUUGGCCAAAUAGACAAACCCACUGAGUUUUUAUGACUCUCUUGUCUGUAGGAAUUGAUUUUUAAAUUUAAUUUAGUGCUCUUUCCAACGCUUGGCAAAGGCAGAAUUUAUUUUUUAUAUAAGGUUGCCUUUGAAGUAUCUGCCUCUGCCAGGGCUGAUAAAUCACUGCUAAGUACAUAAAGAUUCUGCAACCUGAAGGAUAUGUCAUUAAAGCCUUGUUGGAAUGGCCUGCAACCCCAGCCAGUCCUUUACAUUCUGUCAUUAAAUUCCAUAAUUAGUUAGAGGUGAAAUGUUCUGGAAAUGAAUUAGAGAAGCAGAAGCAAAGAAAGAUGUGACUCUAAAAUGUCCUUUGGCUGCCAUGUGGGCUUACACUGAUGGCUUAUUUGCGGCUCGUAGCCAAAGGCCAGCAUCUCUCUGCGCUAGUAUGAAUUAGAUCGUCUUCAGCUUCCUCUCUUUCUUUUCCCCACCCUUUCUAACAUAUUGUAUUGAGUAUCUUUGUUUUGCAGAGGCAUUCAGAAGGGCUGUAAUUAGCAGUCCCCGGCAUUUAAUUGCAUACACAUUUGUUAAAUAUUUUUCUGUAUGCCUUAAAAUAAAGUAUAGAAAAUGGCAGUAAAUGUUUCUUUAAUGAAGGCAUUUGAUUUAUUCAUGAAGUCAGGAUUUUUUGGAGGUGUUAUUUUGGGCUUAAUAAAGGAAAUAAGCCAGAA